UGGCAUACAGGAAACCGGCAACUCCCCUCCUGACAUUUGCCAACAUAGCAUCCGACGGCUUUUAAGAGCCAGCACCAAGAUGGGCUUGUACAAGCGGAAGAUCACCAUCAGAGAUGAUACGGUCACAUCAGCUGUGAGCUUGACCCUGAGACAGUCUCUUCUGCCAAAUGCUUUAGUCACCAUUUUGUUUUUCCUAUGGGGGUUCGCCUAUGGACUUUUAGAUGUGCUCAAUUCUCACUUUCAGUCGACACUGCAUAUUUCUGCCAGCAGAUCUAGCGGCCUACAAGCGUCUUAUUUUGGCGCAUACUUUAUUUGUCCGCUGACGAUCUCGGGUUUGCUCGUUCGGAGAUUCGGCUUCAGGGUUACUUUUAUGACCGGCCUUGCAGUUCUUGCGGUCGGUUGCCUUCUCUUCUGGCCUAGUGGCGUGAAGAAGUCCUUUGGAGGAUUUUGUGGUAGCAUGUUUGUAGUGGGAGCUGGUUUGUCAACCUUGGAAACAGCUGCUGAUCCAUUCCUAUCCAUUUGUGGGCCUCCGCGAUACAGUGAAAUCCGCCUCAACCUGGCACAAGCGGUCCAAGGCGUUGGGACCUUUGUCGCACCACUUCUCGCAUCUCGUGUCUUCUUCGCGCAUACUGUGAACACAGAACAGGGCCUCAAAAAUGUCCAAUGGGUAUAUCUUGGUGUCGCAUGCUUUGUUGCGCUCUUGAUUAUCCUGUUCUUCCUGGCGCCUUUCCCUGAAAUUACCGACGCAGACCAACAGGCUCUGGAGAAUAUGAUAACGGAACAAGGCCAGGAGACGGCUCCUCUGCGCAAGCAGUACAACCUCUUCCUAGGGGUUUGGAGUCAGUUCUGCUAUGUAGGCGCCCAGGUAGCUUUAGCAGGAUAUUUCAUCAAUUUUGCCCAAGAGGCUGGAUAUACAGCAGCCAAGGCUUCCGAUUUGCUCGCUGUUGCACAGGGUCUUUAUGCUUUUAAUCGAUUCCUGGCCGCUGGGCUGAUGAUGAUGAAGACAUUCAAGCCUCGCUACAUGCUUACCGUCUAUUUACUGCUUUGCUUUAUCUUUUCGGUGAUCGCAAUGAAUACGAGGGGCAAGGCUUCUGUAGUGUUUACCAUUUUGGUUUUCUGCUUUGAAUCGUGCUGCUUUGCAACAAUCUUCACCUUGGCGUUACGUGGCCUCGGUCGUCAUACAAAGAUCGGAGGUUCGUUCCUUGUAGCGGCAAUCUCAGGAGGAACAGUCUUUCCUCCUAUGAUGGGUGCUAUUGUGACGAACAAGAACGCUCAUUGGGCCAUGGGUAUUCCGAUGAUGGGGUACAUUUUGGCUUUAAUUUUCCCUAUUUACGUCAAUAUCUUCCAGAAAGAUACCAUGGAUCUUCAUCGAAGCACUGCCCUCAACGUCGAUAUGACAGUGGGCAAGGAGGUUGGGUUGGAGGGAGGGCACUCUAAGCAUGUCGACAAUAGCCGGACCUGAAGGCACCAAUUUCUCCACGAGGUCGUUCAGGCCGUUUUAGAUAAUGAAC